AUGGCGGGGUCGCGGCCGCGGAGCUGGGGCCGGCGGGAGGCGGGCGACUGGGACGAGGCGGCGGCGGCGGCGGCGGCCGGGGGGCGCGGCCCGGGGCCGUGCCGGUGCGCGCAGGGGAGACGGGCGUGGGCCGCCCCAGGGAAGCCGGCCGUGCCUGCCGCGUGGACGCCCUUCAUGGCGGCUGAGGAGAUGCACUGGCCUGUCCCUAUGAAGGCCAUUGGUGCCCAAAACCUGCUAACUAUGCCUGGGGGCGUGGCCAAGGCUGGCUACCUGCACAAGAAGGGCGGUACCCAGCUGCAGCUGCUCAAAUGGCCCCUGCGCUUUGUCAUCAUCCACAAGCGCUGCGUCUACUACUUCAAGAGCAGCACCUCCGCCUCUCCGCAGGGCGCCUUCUCCCUGAGUGGCUAUAACCGGGUGAUGCGGGCAGCCGAGGAGACCACGUCCAACAACGUUUUCCCUUUCAAGAUCAUCCACAUCAGCAAGAAGCACCGCACAUGGUUCUUCUCUGCCUCCUCCGAGGACGAGCGCAAGAGCUGGAUGGCCUUGCUGCGCAGGGAGAUUGGCCACUUCCAUGAGAAGAAGGAUCUGCCCCUGGACACCAGUGACUCCAGCUCAGACACAGACAGCUUCUACGGCGCAGUUGAGCGGCCUGUGGAUAUCAGCCUCUCCCCAUACCCCACGGACAAUGAAGACUAUGAGCAUGAUGACGAGGAUGACUCCUACAUGGAGCCCGACUCCCCGGAGCCCGGAAAGCUCGAGGAUCCCCUGACACACCCACCGGCCUACCCACCACCCCCAGUGCCCGUGCCCAGGAAGCCAGCCUUCUCUGACAUGCCCCGGGCCCACUCCUUUACCUCCAAGGGCCCCAGUCCCCUGCUGCCACCCCCACCCCCUAAGCACGGCCUCCCAGAUGUUGGCCUGGCUGCGGAGGACUCCAAGAGGAACCCACUGGGCCUGAGGCGGGCUGAGCCUUGCCCCAGGGUACCCGCUACCUCCUGGAGGAUGAGCGACCCCCCAAUGGGCAGUGUGCCCAACACACCCGGCCUUCGGAAACCCCCUUGCUUCCGGGAGAGUGCCAGCCCCAGCCCGGAGCCCUGGAGCCCUGGCCACGGGGCCUGUUCCACUUCCAGUGCCACCACCCUGGCCACUGCCACCUCCAGAAACUGUGACAAACUCAAGUCCUUCCAUCUGUCCCCACGGGGACCGCCCAUAUCUGAGCCCCCACCUGUGCCAGCCAACAAGCCCAAGUUCUUGAAGACAGCUGAAGAGGACGCCCCAAGGGAGGUGGCCAAGCCUGGACUCUUUGUGCCCCCCGUGGCUCCCCGACCUCCUGCACUGAAACUGCCAGUGCCUGAGGCCACAGCACGGCCUGCAGUCCUGCCCAGGCCGGAGAAGUCGCAGCUCCCCCACCUCCAGCGAUCACCCCCCGAUGGGCAGAGUUUCAGGAGCUUCUCCUUUGAAAAGCCCCGGCAACCCUCGCAGGCUGACAGUGACGGGGAGGACUCAGACGAGGACUAUGAGAAGGUGCCACUCCCCAACUCGGUCUUCAUCAACACCACGGAAUCCUUCGAAGUAGAAAGGCUGUUCAAGGCCACCAGCCCCCGGGGAGAGCCCCAGGAUGGACUCUACUGCAUCCGGAACUCCUCUACCAAGUCGGGGAAGGUCCUGGUUGUGUGGGAUGAAACCUCCAACAAACUGAGGAACUAUCGAAUCUUUGAGAAGGACUCUAAGUUCUACCUGGAGGGCGAGGUCCUGUUUGUGAGUGUGGGCAGCAUGGUGGAGUACUACCAUACCCACGUGCUGCCCAGCCACCAGAGCCUGCUGCUGCGGCACCCCUACGGCUACACUGGGCCCAGGUGAUGCCUACGCCAGGCCGCACCGAUGGACACGGGCCCACAUGGGAGGGUGAGCGGGGGCAAGUCUGUGCUUGCCUAGGGCCUCCAUGAUGGAUGUCUUCUAGGACCCAGCCAGUCUUACCCAGCAGGCUGGGCUCCGGGGCUGGACCAGGCUCCAGGCUCUAGAGGACGAGGGGACUCUCUUAUCCCACAUGACCUUGCCCUGUCCCAACCCUAGAAACCCAGGACCAAGCCCUGCCUGGGCUCCGAGGACAGGAAACUGGUCCCCCCAGCACACAAACCCCACAGUGGGCUGGGAGCCAGGCAGGGUUGGGGCAGCUGGUUGGGGGCUGGGGCUGGCCCUGGAACCGCCAAGGAACGCUAAGACACAGGCUCCAGUAGGGGCUGUUGCCUCCAAUAAAGCAGCGAUGACCUUUGC